AGUAGCAGCAUUUCUCUUGUAGAGGUGCAUGUCAGGACAUGUUGUCAUGCAUGGAGGAGAGGGCGUGGCGAAACAGGCAACCGCGGGAGUGAAAGCAAAGUGGUACCACUAUGAAACAGUCUCCCCUAUGAAACAGUCUCCCCUGUAAUCAACAUUUGGACCAUAGCUCCGUGAUAACGGGUUGGAUAAGCAUCGAUUUCCAUGGAAUAAAAGACGACUACACGGUUUGGAUGUGCUGACUGUUUUGACAAUCGUAGUGGGAAACGUGGAAUGUCACAAACUGCAAGUGGACUUUCUUCAACACCCAACGCAAGGACAAGCCGCGAGUCAAACAGCUUGUUGGACACAUAUUCUGAUGUCAACAAGCAAUCGACAGUGCCUAAACUACAGAGAGAUUUACAGUCAUCACGAAUCAUCAGAUAAAUCAAAGUGCACCUGGUAUGGCCCGCCCCCAUAUGGAGAGUGGAGUGGACCGCCAUGGCCGGGGCAGACAACACACCUGCCGCAUGGAGGUCCAGCGGCCAGACACCUGGCCUGGUGGCAGCAACCACCCUCUCCAGGCUGCACACCGCCAGUCCUGCCAACUGCUCCCCAACAUGGACACCCAGCCCAGGCAGGACUCUCCGCCCCCCCAGCCCCAGAGAGAAGCCUUCCCACCCGCCAGUGCCCAUCCACUGGACAGCCCCAGAAGAGCAAGCACAGACCCAGACAUAGAGCACCAGGACACCACAGCCAGGGAUCCCCUGCCUGACCUGCUGCCCCAGAGAGAGCGCUCUCCCCAGGCUUCUCCCCAGCACAGAGCCCCUGGAGUAGCAGACCCGCGGUUGGACGACGAGGUGGUGGAAAGACUGGCCAACCAGCUCAAGAGAAUCGGCGACGACUUGAACGCUACGAUCCUCCAGAGAAUGGGUGGCAUCCCCCAACGGCAGGACUGGAGAGGCCUGUGUCUAGGAGUCCUCAACUUCCUCUUGGAUACCCUUAGCACUCUGUACCGACUGAGAUAGACUGACUCUGGAUAGGGAUUGGACGCGCCGGAGCUCCCUACUGGACCAAUCACAGACUGCUUCAGAAUGGACUCAGUCCGCUGGAACGGACAAACCCCUUUUGUUUUGUCUCUUUUGUACAUCUUGUAUAUAUAGAUAUUUUUUUCAAUCUCUCUUUGGGACAGCUCUUGAUAUAGCAUUCUGACACAGGUUGGUCUCCUGGGCUUGUGUGUGCUCCUAUCCUUCCUUGUAAACUGUGAAGCACACUGAUGCCGUGUUGGGUGUGGUGGCGAUGCGAGGGCUUUACUUGGUGAAGAGGCUAUGGCUCCUGAAUGUGUGUGUACAACUUCUUCCAAUUGAGGUCAUGGUAGAAUGAGCAAUUCAACUGCUCGACAGCAUGGCUUGAUGCGGGUACUGAGGGGCCUGUGUAGAAUCCCCUGUAAGUCACACUAUGGCCUGAAUAAUAAUCAGUUUAAAUCGCUGGAUGAGCCAAGCUUACUGCUGAGAUAAGUUAUAGCAAUAUACUAUAUGGGAUCUGCUGUAGAGCCACACUUGCGCCAUACAACCAUUACUGUCUAGCACUAGGAUGUUUCCUCACUCCAAGAGGUCGGACAAUAGUUUCAGACAGGACCAACUUGACUUGGUAAAAAAUGCCAGUACACUCUUAGAAAAAAUGGUUCCAAAAGGGUUCUUCGGCUGUCCCCAUAGGAGAACCCUUUUUGGUUCA